CCAGAGGCUUGAAUCAACUUGUGUGCGCAUGUGUAAGAAUCAUACACGUUCCACGUCCAGUGUACUGAGCAUCGAUAUUCGUGAUCAUGAGUGCUGGUGGGCUAACUCCAACUCGUCCUGCAACUCCUGAGAUCCAGGCGAUGGCAGAUCAGGUAAAGGCCGACGCUGAAGCUGCAGCAGGACAGACGUUCCCCAAGUUUGAAGCUAUCAGCUACCGUUCACAAGUUGUCGCAGGUACAAACUACUUCAUCAAGGUGGAUGUUGGUGAUGGUCAGUAUGUGCACAUCCGUGUUCUCGAGCCUCUUCCACACGUGUCACCACAGAGGACACCACAGUUUACGAGCAUUGAGAAGGGUCACACUAAGGAUGAUGAGAUUACAUAUUUGGAACCGUAAAUUGUAUCAGAAGAGUAGUAGCUAGGACAGCUAUCUUGGACAGACAUCAAAUCUUGGACAAUUACAUUGCAGAAUUGAUGCUAACGCGACAGUGAUUUUCUGAAUUAAUCAAGUGUUGUAAACCA